CGGACGUUAGGUCGACGUGGCCGGUGAUUGGCGGGUCGGGGGGAAGUAGCUGGCCGGCUCGGGGGCAGGCAGGGUAAGAUGGCGGCGGUGCUGGAGGUGGAGAUUGGCGGCCCCGUCGAGCGGGACGUGGAGGAGGUUGAUCUAUCACGACUGUCCCCCGAAGAGAGAUGGAGGGUCGAGCAUGCUCGGAUGCACGCCAAGCACCGUGGCCACGAGGCCAUGCAUGCCGAAAUGGUCCUCAUCCUCAUUGCCACGCUAGUGGUUGCACAGCUCCUCUUGGUACAGUGGAAACAGAGACAUCCUCGCUCCUACAAUAUGGUGACCCUCUUCCAGAUGUGGGUUGUUCCCCUUUAUUUCACUGCGAAGCUGCACUGGUGGCGAUUCCUGGUGAUCUGGGUCUUCUUCUCUGCUGUCACAGCCUUUGUCACUUUCAGAGCAACUCGUAAGCCUCUUGUGCAGACAACUCCGAGGCUGGUCUAUAAAUGGUUUCUGCUGAUAUACAAGAUCAGCUAUGCCACUGGAAUUGUUGGGUACAUGGCUGUAAUGUUCACUCUUUUUGGUCUUAACUUGUUAUUCAGAAUCAAACCCGAAGAUGCAAUGGAUUUUGGUGUUUCCCUCCUGUUCUACGGCCUUUAUUACGGAGUACUUGAGAGGGACUUUGCUGAAAUGUGUGCGGAUUACAUGGCAUCAACCAUAGGGUUUUACAGCGCAUCAGGAAUGCCAACGAAGCACCUUUCUGACAGCGUCUGCGCCGUGUGUGGCCAACAGAUCUUUGUCGAUGUUAACGAAGAAGGGAUCAUAGAGAACACAUACAGGCUUUCCUGCAAUCAUGUAUUCCAUGAGUUCUGCAUCCGAGGCUGGUGCAUCGUUGGGAAGAAACAGACGUGUCCAUACUGCAAAGAGAAGGUGGAUCUCAAGAGAAUGUUUAGUAACCCCUGGGAAAGGCCCCACGUCAUGUAUGGGCAGCUGCUUGACUGGCUACGCUACCUGGUGGCCUGGCAACCCGUUAUCAUUGGACUGGUACAAGGUAUCAACUAUAUCCUGGGGCUGGAAUAAAUCCUGAGCGGCCAGUGAGCCGUGGACAUCACAGCAGGACUUCGACAGCAGUGGCGGAAGGCAGCAGCUGGCCAGGAAGACUUGCUUGUAUCAUUCACCUCUCAGGAUCUUACAUGCCCACAACACGUCUCCGGGGACUAAGGGAAAGACUUGGCACUGGCCAGCUCCCAGCAAAGCGGGUUUAUGCUGGGGUGGGGGAAGGGUAUUCUUUUUUAAAACAAUUAUUUUAAAUGAGCAUAUUUAAAACUUUAUAUUGCAGAUUAAAAAGGAAAUUAAUGUUUGUCCCACUUCCCUCCUCCAACCACCUCUCCACUUAGUUGUCUUAUUCCCCUAGAACAAAGAAAGCCAAGCUGGUUUUGGAAGCUAGCAGAAACCUCUCUCAGAAACCCACGGCAGCUUGCUAGGUACCUUCCCACCUCCUCUGGCUAAAUCAGAUCCCUCGCCACUUGCUCAGGUCUCUUCUUCACAGCAGUUGCCAGCGGCUCUGCUGUAAGCUGGUGGCAGAGGGCUCCUGUGGCCCUUGAUCGCUGGAAAAGCCACCUGGAUUCCCCCGUAGUCAGGGCAGGAUUCUGAAAGAGUAAAUGCAGUUAACCAGAGAAAAGGCGCCUGCUGCGAGCGAAGCUCAGAACUGUGCAGCUGGAGGCAUGAGACCUAGGACUUAACAACUCAUGCCCCAGCAAAUGCAUCUACAUGCAGAACGACCUAGGAAUCCACCUGGGGUUAGUGCUGCCCAGGAGAACAGAUGCAGAGCGCUGGGCCCGUGAGUGGGGGGCUUGCUACAAAGGUGGAAUGCAGUCAGGUAGCCGACUACAGCGAAGGGAGGGUAACGUCCCAGCCUGCAUCGUGUGUUCAGUGCAUGGGGGAGAGACUACACGUGGGGCAUGCCGCUGCCUCCAGUGCACGACACUAAGGGAUGAACGAGGACGUACUCGCCUCUCGACCUGGCGAGCCAGGUACUAAACUGAGGAAAUGAACCCGCCCGUCUGACCUCUGUUAUGGCCACAGUUUAGGGGGCAAGCCACCUCUGUCUGCACUCUUCCCUUUUUUGGAACGUUCAGGCUAAUGUAACAUUUUUCGAUGGCAGUGUAUUUUCUACUCGCUGCGCAGACCUGGCCCGGUUUGGGUUGGCCCCCCCGCCUCCUACUGUCAUCCCAAAAAGGGGACGGCAGAACAGGCUGCUUGGGCUUGUUUGCUUUUCCCAACAGCUCAGAACAGACAAACCUACUUAAGGGAUAAGUGUCAAAUUGCCCCUUUUUUGAGCUUUCUCUGAAUGAGGCUGGAGGGAAAAACCUGUUUGGUUGUGUUGAAAUCCAAACAUCCUACCAAAGGGCGUGUAAAGAGAUGUUCUCUUCUUCUUUAGGAGGACAGCA